AACUGAAGUCACUUUUACGGUUAUCACCAUCCGGUAAUGUUCUAAAUAUACUAUCCAUGUUCAUAAGAGGCAACCUUGGAACUUUGCAGACCAGAAUCUUGUUUUUUUUUUGAGGCUCUAAAUCAUUCUGUCUGAAUGGUUGAUUUACGCGGUUAUGUCCGUAUCAUUCAGGGCAAUUUUCUUCCAUCUCGUCUCGUCGCACCCUCAUCUCGUUCUGCUUGCUGGAGUAAAAGAGGGAUUCUCUGACGUACACCGAGGGAAUAUUUUUCACUAUAGACAGCCGAUGAUAUUAUUACGUGGUUCCUUCUCGAAUAAGCCAUUUGAACCUUUCCCGCGUAAAUCAGCAACAAAUUUCCCGAAGUAUUUUUGUGGGAAACUGAGUGAAUUGAGAUUAGCUGCUUUUAGUACUUCUGCAAGUUUGCCGGUUGUCAAUGAAGAAAAUGAAGGGAGCCCGAAAAUUGACGAGACGAAGGUGGUUGGUUAUUCCGGCCAAAUUUGUGCUAAUCAUCAGACCUACUGUUGGCUCUUAGAAGGGUAUCUGAGUUCUGGAUCUCUGAUUGAUGCUAAGAAGCUUCACGGGAGGAUCUUGAAAUCAGGUUUUGAUAAGGAUUAUGUAAUUUGCAGCCGGCUAGCUGAUGUUUAUGUUGCUCAGGGUGAUUUAAAUGAUGCAUGCCAGGUUACAGAUGAAAUGCCUAACAGAGAUGUAUCUUUUUGGAAUAAUUUAAUUUUUGGUUUGAUUGGAAAGAAGAUGGCUACUAUGGUGUUGGGCCUGCUUACAAAAAUGUUGGCAGGAAAUGUUGGCCCUGAUGAAGUAACAUUUGCAAAUGUUUUGCGGGCUUGUAGUGGAGACAAGGUUGAUCAUAAUUAUGUAAAGCAGAUUCACACCAAGAUUGUCCGUCAUGGUUUUGGUACGAAUUAUGUUGUCUGUAAUCCAUUGAUUGAUUUGUAUGCAAAGAAGGGGCACAUAGAUACUGCAAAAUAUGUGUUUCAAGGCCUGGGUAUGAGAGAUAAAGUUUCUUGGGUUGCUAUGAUCUCUGGAUUCUCUCAGAAUGGACAUGAAGAAGAAAGCAUUUUAUUAUUUUCUGAGAUGCAUGGUUCUGGGAUUUUACCCACUCCUUAUGUUUUCUCUAGUGUCAUAAGUUCUUGUACAAAGAUUGCAUUUUUUAAGCUGGGAGAGCAGUUUCAUGCCCUUAUUCAUAAGUGGGGAUUUUCAUCUGAAACUUUUGUAUGCAAUGCUCUUCUCACACUGUAUUCACGAUGUGACAAUUUGUUGUCUGCAGAACAAAUCUUUAGUAAAAUGGAUUGUCGGGAUGGAGUAUCAUACAACACUCUUAUAUCAGGUCUUGCUCAGAAAGGACUAAGUGAGAAAGCUAUACAGCUGUAUGAGAAAAUGCAGUCUGAUAACCUGAAACCAGACUCUGUUACUGUUGCUAGUCUCUUAAGUGCUUGUGCAUCAGUUGGGGACUUUCUUAAGGGAACUCAACUACACUCUUAUGCAAUAAAGGCGGGAGUGUGUGCAGAUAUAAUUAUUGAAGGCUCUUUACUUGAUCUUUAUGUAAAAUGCUCUGAUAUCAAAACUGCUCAUGAAUUCUUCCUUACAACGGAAAAAGAAAAUGUGGUUCUAUGGAAUGUGAUGUUGGUGGCUUAUGGACAGUUGGGGGAUCUCCAUGAAUCUUUCCGUAUUUUUUCACAAAUGCAGAUCAAGGGGUUGAGGCCUAAUCAGUACACGUAUCCUAGUAUAUUGAGGACGUGUACUUUAGUGGGUGCUUUAGACCUGGGAGAGCAGAUCCAUUCCCAAGUUGUUAAAACAGGCUUUCAGCAGAAUGUAUAUGUAUGCAGUGUGCUUAUUGAUAUGUACUCCAAGCAUGGAAACUUGGACACAGCACUGAAAAUUCUCAGGCGACUCGAUGAGGAUGAUGUUGUUUCUUGGACAGCUAUGAUAGCUGGAUACGCUCAGCAUGAUUUAUUCGUUGAAGCUCUUAAUACGUUUGAGGAGAUGCUGCAACAGGGAAUCCAAUCAGACAACAUUGGAUUUUCAAGUGCAGUAAGUGCGUGUGCUGGAAUUCAAGCAAUCAAUCAAGGCCGUCAAAUUCAUGCUCAAACAGUUACCUGUGGAUAUUCAUCUGAUCUUUCAAUUGGGAAUGCACUUGUUUGUCUGUAUGCUAGAUGUGGUAAAGUAGACGAUGCAUAUAUGGUAUUUGACAAGAUGAAUUCUAAAGAUAAUGUCUCAUGGAAUGGAUUGGUUUCAGGAUUUGCACAGAGUGGGUAUUGUGAGGAAGCACUGAAAGUGUUCAAUCGAAUGAUUGGAUUUGGAGUAGAAAUCAAUAUGUUUACUUAUGCGUCUGCUGUUAGUGCUGCUGCAAAUACAACAAACAUAACACAAGGCAAACAAAUCCAUGGAAGGAUGAUAAAAACAGGCUACAAUAUGGAAACUGAGGCUUCCAAUGUUCUCAUAACAUUAUAUUCAAAGUGUGGGAACCUUGAUGAUGCUAAAAGUGAGUUUCUUGAAAUGCCUGAUAAAAAUGAGGUUUCAUGGAAUGCCAUGAUUACGGGCUAUUCUCAACACGGGUGUGGAGAUGAAGCUAUAGAACUCUUUGAAAAAAUGAUAUGGUAUGGUAAUAAACCAAACUACGUUACUUUUGUGGGUGUUUUAACGGCUUGUAGCCAUGUCAGGUUAGUUGCAAAAGGGCUGGAAUACUUCAAAUCUAUGAAUGAAGAUUAUGGUCUAGUCCCAAGAGCUGAACACUAUGCUUGUGUUGUAGAUCUUCUUGGACGGUCUGGGCUUUUGAGCCGUGCACUAGAAUUUAUCAAGAAAAUGCCAAUUGAACCAGAUGCAAUGGUGUGGAGGACCCUCUUGAGUGCUUGUACAGUUCAUAAAAACAAGGAAAUUGGAGAAAUUUCUGCAGGACACCUUCUUGAGUUGGAACCAGAAGAUUCAGCCACUUAUGUUCUAUUGUCAAACAUGUAUGCAGUUUCUGGGAAAUGGGAUGAUAGAAACUGGACAAGAAAGUUGAUGAAAGAUAGAGGUGUGAAGAAAGUGCCUGGUCGUAGUUGGAUUGAGGUCAAGAACACAGUUCACGCAUUCUUUGUUGGUGAUCGUCUCCAUCCACUAGCCGAUGAGAUAUAUGAAUCUUUAGAUGAUCUUGAUAAACGUGCUGCUGAAAUUGGAUAUGUACAAGAUCGGUACAGUCUUCUGAAUGAUCUGGAGCAGGAUCAGAAGGAUCCAUCUACUUGCAUACACAGCGAGAAGUUAGCCAUCACAUUUGGACUUUUAACCUUGUCUAAUACGAUUCCCUUGCGUGUAAUGAAGAAUCUUCGUGUAUGCAAUGAUUGCCAUAAUUGGAUAAAAUUUGUGUCAAAGAUUUCUAAUCGGUCUAUUAUAGUCAGAGACUCGUAUCGCUUCCAUCAUUUUGGAGAGGGUGUCUGUUCCUGCAAAGACCAUUGGUGAUUAUGAUGCCUUGAGGAAAUUGUUAUGAUCAUACUUUAUUGAGAGUUCUAUUCCAGAGACAAAAUGAUACAAUCAACCUCGAAAUCUGUUCAAUUGAUAACUUCUGUUCAAUUAGACUCCAAACUUGAAAAAAGUUGCCUCGUUCCAUUCAGGGAAAUCAAGGGUUUUGAGGCCAUUUCAAGAUCAAGAUAUCCAACCAACUCAAAAUUUUAGUUCUGAGAAUAUUGAGUGUAUGAAACCAAAGGAUGAUGGUGCUUUGGUAUCUUAUGCUUUAUGUUGGCUUCAGGGUUCAACAUUAAGCAAAUAUACAAUAUGGCGGAGCAAAAAGGGGCAGGAUGCAGUCCGGGAGAGAAUUAAGCAUAUCCGAGCUCGAACGACUUACUAGAGUUUUCACACAAAAGAUACACGAUCUGAUUGGAAUCCGCACCGAUGUUCCAGCAUAAAUGCGAUGAUAUAUGUGUCACAAAAAGCCAGGUAUGGUGGUUUAAAAAGCCGAUCACUUCAAUAACUUUAUGUUAAUAUUGAAAAUUUUGAUACAUGAUACUUGAUCAAAGGGAAAAACGCAAAUGAGAUCAAAGCCAAAUUCAUCAUCGAAGCAGCUAAAACCAUCCUAUUGAUCCUGAAGCCGAUGUGGUUAGUAUUUUGUAACCCAUUACUCGAAUCAUCCUUACUAAAUACUAGUAAUAGCUUCCCUCCAUGGUUUUAUGUUGAUAUGGAUGUAUACCUCAAAGCCACCUGUGAAAAAAAGGAUGUAAAUAGGUUUCAUUAUUAUAAUUGCCAGCCCAGCCUUGACAUUUAUUUACAUAUAAGACCUUUAUUUAUACGUUGAAUCCACAUAUGAAAGAUGAUUUGUGUACA